UCCCCAAUGCAGCUGUUUACAUUUCUCCGGCAAGCAGAGCCUGAGACCCAAGAGAUUUCCAGAGCUGCAGAGGUGUUUGACACAACUUUAUAUAUUCUAAAGGACAGAGCCAGCCGGAGACAUAAAAGGGCUCUUGUUGCAUCAGAGCUCCUUUCAUUGGAGGACUUGGCGCUGAUUGCAGACCUGUCAGGUUGUCCUCCACCCGUUCUCCCAGCCUUCUGUCACAACGAUUGCCUCGCCAACAAGUACCGUUCCAUAUCUGGAGUCUGCAAUAAUAGGCAGAAGCCUUUCUGGGGCACAGCCAACAGCGCCUUGGCCAGAUGGCUUCCGGCAGAAUAUGAAGACGGAGAAAGACAACCAAAGGGCUGGAACCAUGGGCAACUAUAUAAUGGCUUCCAACUUCCCCCGGUACAUGAAGUCAGCAAGAAGAUACUGCAGAGCUCCAGCAGACCGAUGUUGCUAGAUGCUGCUUAUUGUCAGAUGCUAGUGGACUGGGGCCAGUACAUCGACCAUGACAUAUCCUUCACUCCUCAAAGCACAAGCAGAGCUGCUUUCUUGGGAGGACUGGACUGUUUAAAGACGUGUGAAAACAUAAACCCCUGUUUCCCUAUUGAGACAUUCCCUGAUGACAAACUGUCUGGGAACAGAAGCUGUGUGCCAUUCUUUCGUUCAUCGCCAGCCUGCUUCUCCGGUAAUGCACAGGCUGCGACGACGGACAUCAAACAAGUGCUACAGCGUCAACAAAUGAACUCAAUCACGUCUUUCCUGGAUGCAUCCACUGUAUAUGGCCACACCCCAUAUUUACAGAGUGCCCUUCGAGACCUCUCAAACUCUGAGGGUCGGCUGGCUGUCAACAGCAGAUUCACUGACCAUAGUGGCAGACCCUACCUGCCCUUUGUCCCCAACACCCCGUCUCCAUGCUUCCAAGAUCCAGGGGAUCUGCAGGGGGAAAGGGUGGAUUGUUUUCUGGCUGGGGACAGCAGGGUGAAUGAGGUUCUGACCCUGGCGGCUCUACACACUUUGUGGAUGAGGGAACACAAUAGAAUCGCAGAGGCCUUGAAUAGCCUCAACCCACACUGGAGCUCAGAGAUUAUUUACCAAGAGGCCCGUAAGAUCAUCGGAGCUCUGCACCAGAUUAUAACCACCAGGGAUUAUGUUCCCAAAAUUAUUGGAAGAGAGGCUUUUGAUCUUUACAUUGGUCCCUAUGGGGGCUAUGAUGCAACUACAGAGCCCUCAGCCUCCAAUGUAUUCUCGACUGCUGCAUUCCGAUUCGGCCAUGCCACUAUUCCCUCAGUUCUCCGGAGACUCAACCAGAGCUUCCAGGAGCAUGAACACUUCUCCUCUUUGAGUCUGCAUAAGACUUUCUUCAGUCCCUGGCGACUCAUCAAAGAGGGUGGACUAGAGCCAGUCCUCCGAGGCCUGUUGGGGACGCCGGCGACUGUAGUGAGCCCAGAAAACCUACUGACUGAGGAGCUGACAGAGAGACUGGUUGUGCUUACUGUCCCAGGGGGCUUGGACUUGGCCGCACUCAACCUGCAGAGGGGACGUGAUCAUGGACUUCCAGGUUACAAUGACUGGAGGACGUUCUGUGGACUGGACAGAAUAGAGACUCGAGACGACUUCAGAGAAGUUGUAAAAGAUGCAAGUGUUGUUGGGAAGAUCAUGGACUUGUUUCGACAUCCUGACAACAUUGACGUGUGGCUAGGAGGACUGGUAGAGGAACCUCUGUCUGGCUCCAGGACUGGUCCACUCUUUUCAUGUCUCAUUGGAAAGCAGAUAAAGAUGAUUCGAGAUGGGGACAGGUUCUGGUGGGAGAGUGAGGGUGUGUUUACACUGGGUCAGAGGGUGGAACUACUAAGGCAUUCUCUAUCUCGCGUGAUCUGUGACAACAGUGAAGUGAAAGAGGCCCCACUUGACCCCUUCAGGUUUGGGAAAUACCCUGACGGUUUUCUCUUGUGUGACAAUAUACCAUCAAUGAACUUGGAGGCCUGGAGAGAGGAGCCUAGCCCAGACACCUACAGCUAAGACGAGAAGCAAGACAUCCUCCAUGAAAACAUUGGCCUGUGUUUUAUUUUGCUCUAUGUUUUCAUGCUUUUUAUCCUGUAUAUUUUAACUACUGUUUCCCCUGCAACGCCUUUUUAUCUUUGUGAAUAUCAUUGUACUUCAGUGCAACGUAUUUGGGAUGAAUAAAGUUAUAAGAGGUAAACAAAGUCAGUGUAUGCUUAUUAAAAAAGACACAGCCAUAAUUACUGUCAAUCAUGUUUCCUCUCUCUAUGUCAUUUCUGUUCUUGGUAGGGGAGAGUGGGGUAAAUGGGGCCGUCCUUGUUUCUAGGAAACCAUACACCACAUGAAUCAUUUGACCUACUAUUUAGGAAGACGUAAUAAUUGAAUGGAGUCUGUGAAGGAAGAAAGCACAUGGAAAAACGGUAAGCAAGUCGGGUCCAGGUCAAAGAAAUGUACUGCAUUGAAGGUUUCAUGAUGCUUGUAUCUAAACCAACGUAGAUAGUUUUAAGAUUGUUCUAUACAUCAGUUGGGGUCUGGAUCAACUUCAAUAUGAGGUCAUAAACCUAUUAUGAAAGUGCAUCGUUCUAGCUGCAUGGGCUAAUAUAGUCAAAAUGUUUGCCUUGGGGUAAGUUGAGCCAAUCGUUGAGCCGUGGCAAGUUGAGCAAAUUUGAGUGUUUUUUUCCCCCAGGCGUAAUGCAAGCAUUAUGACUGUGGAUAUGAGGUAACAGCAGGGCCUAGCCGAUGUUAAAAGUGUUUUAAAAAAGUACAAAGUGUUUGUUAGGUGUUAAUCCUGCAUUUAAUGCUUAAAAUGCUUAAAAGACAAAUAAGCGAUUGUAAUUGUG